AUGAAAGAAAUGAAAGUCAAGCAGUAUUUGAACCAGGCAAAAGAAGAUUUCAACAGAAAAUGGGACGAACUACCUAAAAACACGUCAAACCUGGAGGAUUACGAUCGCAUUCGAACCCUGGGCACAGGAUCGUUCGGCCGCGUCAUGCUGGUGCAGCACAAGUCGAGCAAACAUUUCUCAGCUAUGAAGAUCCUGGACAAACAAAAAGUGGUGAAGUUGAAGCAAGUGGAGCACACGCUGAACGAGAAAAGGAUCCUCGCCUCCAUCAACCACCCCUUCCUAGUUGCCCUCGAAGACAGCUUCAAAGACAACACGAAUCUGUACAUGGUGCUGGAGUUCAUCGGUGGGGGGGAGAUGUUCUCGCAUCUGAGGAGGGUCGGAAGGUUCAGCGAGCCGCACUGCAAGUUCUACGCUUCGCAAAUCGUCAUGGCGUUCGAGUACCUCCACCACUUGGAACUCAUCUACAGAGAUCUGAAACCCGAGAACAUACUCAUUGAUCCCCAGGGGUACAUCAAGGUGACUGAUUUUGGAUUCGCGAAGCGGGUAAAGGGACGAACGUGGACCCUCUGCGGCACUCCAGAGUACCUGGCUCCAGAAAUUAUUCUCAGCAAAGGCUACAACAAGGCAGUGGACUGGUGGGCCCUCGGCGUCCUCAUUUACGAGAUGGCCGCCGGAUACCCGCCGUUUUUCGCCGACCAACCGAUUCAGAUAUACGAAAAAAUCGUCUCCGGCAAGGUUCGCUUUCCAUCUCACAUGAGUGCAGAAAUUAAAGAUUUACUUCGCAGCUUGUUGCAAGUUGACCUAACGAAGAGAUUUGGGAAUUUGAAGAACGGGGUGCAGGACAUCAGGGGGCACAAGUGGCUUGCCACCCUCGAUUGGGUCAGCGUUUUUCAGAGGAAGAUGGAGGCCCCUUUCGUUCCGAAGUCGAAGGGCCCAGGCGACCACAGCAACUUCGAUCAGUACGAGGAGGAGCCACUGCAGGUCGGGAAUGUCGACAAGUUCAGUAAAGAGUUUGAGGAGUUCUAGGAGGAGUUAUCUUAUGAAAUAUUCACCCUUUUAUUUUAUUUUAUUUUAUGUUUGAUUGAUUAAUUAUCUGUGUUAUUUUAUUUCAUUUUCUUAUUUUAUCUCUCUCUCUCUUCCUUAUUCUCUCUCUUUCUCUCUUUAGUUCUCAUUUUCGAUUUGUUAAAUAAAUAUAUCUGGGUUAUUUUGAAGAAUUUUGAUUGAUUAGAAACAUUUUUAAUAAGGUUACGUUAAAUUUAUUUCAAGAAUUCAUUCAAUCCAUUUCAAUUUUACCUUCAAAUUAUCACAAAUCAAUUGAAGCGUUCGCUAAACUUCAACUUAAUUUGUUAGUAAGUAUCGUUUCGUAGCAUCAUCAUGGGUUCAACCACUCGACAGAUAAUUGUAUAUAACUCCUAAAUUAUUAUAUAUAUAUAUAUGCAAUUAUUAUAUAUAUAUAUGCAAUUAUAAUUCAAUAUAUAUAUAUAUAUAUAUAUAAUAUAUAUAUAUAAUAUUUAUAUAAUAUUUAUAUAAAUAUAUAUAUAUAUGUAUAUGUACUUAUCAUAUAAAUUUUUAUAUGAGAAUUAGUUUCGUUGGUGGAGUAUGUGAAAUCCGUUUCAUCCUCUCAACUCUUAACCAUCUUUGCACACAAUUUAUAGUAGAAAAAUUUAUUUUUCUUUGUUAUUUUUAUUAUCUUUGGUUACUUCUUCAACUUAUUUUUUUACCGGAUGUUUAUCUUUUUUCAUCCGUAUUAUAUUUGUUUUAAUUUUCAGUUUUGUUUUACCGAAUCUGUUUGAAUGAAACUUCAGUUCAUUUCAGCGUCAGAGUGGCCAGCUACUUGGCGGUCAUCUGAGACUUCUCUAGACGAAUGAAUGUUUAAAAGUGAAUUACACCACAAAAACAUCAUCAUCAUCAACACCACCAUCAUCAUCAUCAACAACAACAACAACAUCAUUUGCAUUAAUGAUCUGACAAUGUUAUCAUAUCUUAUAAAUAUCUUUUCCUUCGCUAGAUUUCUCAAAAAUAUUCUUCCAACUUACUAACACAACCAUUUUAAAAUUUUUAAUUUUCGUAGAGUUCAAUUUGUUGAUAGCGUGAGUUAAUCAAUUGAGUGAUUGAUUGAUUGAUUGAUUAGUUAAUCAAUUGGUUGAUUGAUUGAUUAGUUAAUCAAUUGGUUGAUUGAUUUGUU